AUGGUCUACACAAUCGUUGUCCAUUUCUACAAUUCCGGUUCAACAGACCAGGUCACUGUAACAGAAAACACGACAGCUUAUAGCAAGUACCGUCUGCGACCACGGGUGCUCGUGGACGUCUCGAACGCAGACACCAGCACCACCGUGUUUGGACGGAAGAUCGCCUUUCCACUAUGUGUAGCGCCGGCGGGGAUUCAGGCAAUGGCACACUCCGACGGUGAACUGGCGACGAGUCGAGCGUGUGCUAAACAGCAGGUCCACAUGGCUGUUUCGUCGUUCGCCAACUAUUCUGUGGAGGAAAUUCGCGCGGCCGGACUUGAUAUCGGACCAAUGGAACAUACCAUGCAAAUCUACACCAUGCAAGAUCGGGCCAAACAGGAGCGUAUCAUAAAACGUGCCGAGGCUGCGGGCUGCGUUGCGAUUUUUUUAACGGCAGAUAGUCCGAUCCUUGGCGUUCGGUAUGGCGAGCACCGCAACGAUUUCCGAACCCCCGCAGGUCUGAACUUUCCCAUGUUGGAGAAGACGUCGGAGAUGAUCCGUGCCGAGACGCACGAGGAUGGGUUUACGGGAGUCAAUUCAAGCUCGCACUCGUGGGCCCGAGAAAUCCCUUGGCUGAGAAGCGUGACGAAAAUGCAAAUUUGGAUCAAGGGUGUCCUAACGGCGGAGGAUGUUGAGCUUGCAAUCGAAUACAACUGCGAGGGAGUUAUCAUUAGUAAUCAUGGUGGCAGGCAGCUCGAUGGCACUCCUGCCACUAUUGACGCUCUGCCCGAAUGUGCUAGAACCGCCAAGGGUCGGAUCCGCGUACAUAUUGACGGGGGCAUCCGGAACGGAACUGACAUCUUCAAGGCGCUGGCGCUUGGUGCGGAAUGUUGCUGGAUCGGACGACCGAUCAUCUGGGGUCUUGCGUACGAUGGGGAGGCUGGGGCGAGUAAAGUGCUGGAAGUUCUGUAUACAGAAUUCAAGCACUGCAUGCAGCUGACGGGGUGUAAGAGCGUUGCGGAUAUUUCUCCCGCUUCGUUAGGGGUAGUUCGCAGCGAUGGGCCAUUGGCUCGGUUGUAGCUGUUGCUCCCGACUUUGGUGUGCUAUUUGGGUUACUCUUUGCACACUCCGAGUAUCGACAGCGUUUCAUCAUUCCGUUGCAUGGUAGUGGUGGUAUCCGUCAGUCAUAAGGCAAGAGUUGAGAAGGAGAAUGAGUUGGAUGCAUGCCGAAGUCCCGUGAGCCUCUCAGGAAAAGGGCCAAGCGUGCACGUGCCCCCCACUCUUUGCUUUAACUUUGACGAUGGAGAAUGAGAGAACCCCGUUAUUCAGUCAUUUCCUUGCUUGUUGUGCUUUCGGUCCGGCAAGAGGAGAUAUUUCAAGAACAAAGACAAAAAGAAGAACAUUGGAUGCAUUGAGGUGGGAUCUUUCACCUUUUCUUAAACGAACACGAUCCGCCCUGGAAUGCCGGUUUCAGUGCUAUUUAUAGCAUGGUUCUGCAGGCAAUCACAUAGUGUGAUCUCGAUCGGCUUUGAAAUUGUGAAGGAUCCGUUUGAGGUUGAUCUCUUUAGUUAGAAUGGUAAUAAUACUAAAGUAGUAUAUGCCUCCGUGUCGGUUGUCGGUGCCCCCUAAUAUCUGAAUUUUCUAUUGCUGCGCCCUGUUCCUAGGGUUAUGGAAGGAAGCCCAGAAACCCAACCAAGGAAGAAGUUCCUGUCAUUUCUUGGACGGGUAAUGAUGCGCCUUGAAUGAAGUAAGCGUCCGGGGAAG